AUGUUGGCCCGACUCGUUUCGAGUCCUCUCAGAGGCAGCGUAAAGUGGGCACGAGUUGAAGAGUUGACCGAGACGCCGGAUUGGACAGCGCGACUGCCCGGCUCUUUGUCCCCCAACACACCCACCCCAUUUCACACUCACACACGCACACAAACUCCUGCAUCAGCCUCCCUCCCGCCCCGACCAGUUCGGUACGUGUGGCGGCACAUGCGUUCGUGCGACAUGCUGUUUACCCUUCGAGUGUCAAGUGGCGCCGCCGACGAAUGGCCGGCCCGACGGUGCCUCGCCUCCGGAGUCAAGUGUGCCGCCGACCCGACAGACCGACGGUCCGUCAAGUGGUCGUCAUAG